AUAUGAAAUGUUCACUGCAAAUAGAGAACACAACGUUACGGACUCUCGUCGGGCUAACAACUUUGAUAAUUGUUUAUAGCUUCUCGGAGUACAAACUAUUAAAGAUAUAUCCAUACAUAAAUCAACAAGAUUUUUCUCGGUAAAAGUACAAAGUUUGCAACUGUAGAGGCGAGCCCAACAAGAGGAUAAAUUUUAACAACAGGAUAAGCUCCCAACUAACAGAAUUAGACACGUCCCGGUGCGUGGAAAAGUUUUUGGCAGAACGCGUAAGCGUCCCUUAAUCCAGUUAGCAUGGAGUGCUUGUUAUCGGAAGAGGCCAAGGAACAAAAGCGGAUCAAUCAGGAAAUCGAGAAACAGCUGCGGCGCGACAAAAAAGAUGCACGCCGUGAACUUAAGCUGCUCCUACUGGGUACUGGUGAAUCGGGGAAAUCAACGUUCAUCAAACAGAUGCGUAUUAUCCACGGCAGCGGCUACUCGGACGAUGACAAACGUGGCUACAUUAAACUGGUCUACCAAAACAUAUUCAUGGCCAUGCAGUCCAUGAUCAAAGCCAUGGAUAUGCUCAAAAUAGAAUACGGUGGUCCAGAGAUUCGCGAAUAUGCCGAACUGGUGAUGAGCAUUGACUAUGAAUCAGUCACAAGGUUCGAGGAUCCAUAUUUGAAUGGCAUCAAAUGUCUGUGGGCCGACGCUGGCAUACAGGAGUGCUACGAUCGCCGAAGAGAAUAUCAGUUGACAGAUUCAGCCAAAUACUAUCUGAGCGAUUUAGAGCGCAUUGAACUGGCCGAUUAUUUGCCCACUGAGCAGGAUAUUCUGCGUGCUCGUGUGCCCACAACUGGAAUACUGGAGUAUCCAUUUGAUCUGGAUGGCAUUGUAUUCAGGUUUCACUCUUUGAUUUUUGUACAAUCGUGUUACCUGUACACAACCUUUUGUACUAUUUAUAGAAUGGUGGAUGUCGGCGGUCAGCGUUCGGAGAGAAGAAAGUGGAUUCAUUGUUUUGAGAAUGUGACCUCGAUUAUAUUUUUGGUGGCGCUAUCCGAAUACGAUCAGAUCUUGUUUGAAUCUGAUAAUGAGAACCGCAUGGAGGAAUCAAAAGCUUUAUUUUGCACUAUUAUCACAUAUCCGUGGUUCCAAAACUCAUCGAUUAUUCUCUUUCUAAACAAGAAAGAUUUGUUGGAGGAGAAAAUUAUGAUUUCGCAUAUGAUUGACUAUUUUCCUGAAUUUGAUGGUCCAAAACAAGACCACGCCGCGGCAAAACAGUUCGUGUUGAAAAAAUACCUGGCCUGCAAUCCCGAUCCAGAGCGUCAAUGUUAUUCGCAUUUCACAACAGCCACAGAUACCGAAAACAUCAAACUUGUGUUCUGCGCUGUCAAAGAUACAAUUAUGCAAAAUGCACUUAAGGAAUUCAAUUUGGGUUAACUGCUCUCUGACGAGGAAUUACUUAGAUGGAAAUGAUAACGAUCGUAAGCAACAGAGUGCCUUCCUAAACAUAUUAUUUGCUGUUUGUUUUGUGAAAUGUAUUUCGUGAAAAUAAAUUCUAAUUUUAAAUAAAAAAUGUAAGCGUCAA